CCGUAGGACAGGACGAGACAGGCAAGAAAACAGACACAAAAAUAGCUCAGUCCAGAUGCCAUUAUUGGGCUUGCGGACUAGCCUAUCAUGGAGUCAUCCAUCUUUUUUCCCAGACACAACUACAGAGGAAAACGUAGAGUCCUUCCAUAAGAGGGUUAAACCUACGAUCUCGAAAAUGAGAUCCAAGAGUUUCAACCUAGAUGACAGAGAUCAAACAGUAUCUCCCGAUAUUCCUGGGCGUGUAUACAACGCAAGCCCAGACAUUGAGUUGGACGAAAACGUACCACCAGAUAUCCCUUUGGGCAUAUACCAGCCAAGCGCGAACAUUGAAGAAUCAGUUCGAAGAGAAACACCCGGUAGGACCGGACGAGACAGGCAAGAAAACAGAUACCAAUAUAACUCAGUCCUGAUGGGCUUUAGAAAAAGCCUAUCAUUGAGUCCUCCAUCCUUUCCACCAGACACAACUACAGAGGAAAACGUAGCGACCAUCUAUGAGAGGAUUGAACCUAAGAUCUCGAGAAGGAAACCUAAGAGUUUAAUUCUAGGUGUUUUAGGAAGAGGACACUCAUGA